AUGAGAAAUCUGCUGUUGCUCGUAACGAUCCACGAAUUCCUGAGACCUGUUCAAUCAGUGAACGGUGUAAUAUGGGACAAGGAACUCGAGGAUUUCGUGCCAAUUUUCAGCGUCCCUGCCUUUGCAGCCGUGAACCACGAAUUGAUGAACCGAAGUCGCGAACUGGAAUUGUACAACUUUCAAGGAAGAAUUGUUAAGUUUUCCUAUUACGAGGAAACAAACAUUAUCAACAGCAGAGCCAAUGGAACAGAAGUGACCGGAGUUAUAGGCGAGAUAUGGAAUAUUUUAUCGGAAUAUUUAAAUUUCACAUUGAAACCGAUUCUCACGAAAGAGCAAACUGUAGGAAUUGCAGAUAGCAAAGGCAAAUUUUCCAUUGGUUUAUUAAGCCAUAUCGAAAGGAACGAAACGGAUGUAAUAGCAAGGGUAGAGGCUCAUAUUAAACGAAGCAAUAUUAUUCAGUUCACAAUCCCAUUAUGGAAAACCAAGUAUCGAUUAUAUAUUCGACGAGAAGUGAAAUAUGUACCUACUUGGAUGCUGAAAUUAUUCUCUCGGAAAGUUUGGUUCAUGAUUCUGCUGAUGUACUUCAUGCUAAGCUUCUGCAGCUAUCUUUCCCAAGCAGGCGAGUCGAAAGUCACGAAUAAAUACUCCAAGACGAAUUUGAAUGAUCAUUUCUUCUAUAACUUUGGCAUGAUCUGUGGACAAGGCUACUUUCCAAGUUGUUCAUCCAAAAGCUCCAGAAUAGUGGAGUUGUGGUUGGGUCUAUUUUCUUGCUUAAUUAGAACUGCUUUUGGGGCCCUUCUAAUAGGCUACAUGACUCAAACUACAGAAACACCUCCUUUUGAAGAUUUGAAUUCCCUUUUGGAUACUACUUCAUACAAUAUUCUCACUAUAAAUGGUUCCCUACCUACUCUUCUACUUCAGGCAGGAGUAUCACCUGAAUACAACAAAACAACUCAACUAAGACGACAUACUAUCGUAAAUACAGAGGAAGAAAUGUAUAAGACAACAUGUCUAACGGGAAAAUUGUGGGCAAUAUUUCAAAGUGCAGAUAUGAAAAAGGCUAGAGGAAUAUACUUCUGUCGAUUAAAUCCCGCAGGAAAAUCUAUGUUCACUGCAUGGAUCGUUUCCGGAAUUUCGUGGAAUUUUAAACACAAACGAUCUAUUGAUGUCGGGAUACUGAAAUUAUAUGAAGUUGGUUUUAUGGAUUUAUUAAAAUAUCGUUGGAUAGAAUCAAAAAAUGUGGAAGAAGAGGUAUUAAAUAAAACGGAACCAAUUAUGCUAGAACAAGUAUAUUUAAUAUUACUAAUAUUCAGUGGUGGAUUAUUAAUAUCUUUCAUAAUUCUUUUAUUUGAAAACUUGAUAUUUUACUGUAAAAAUAAAUAA